AUCACCAGUUCGCCGGUAGAGAAGCGCUUCGACUCAAACCACCCAACGCCAACCGACACUACCUCGUCAAGACCGGCUGCGCAUCACCGACAUUCAAGAUGCGUACCUACGACGAUUCCUUCAGCGGUCAGAAGAUCUACCCUGGAAAGGGUAAGCUGUUCGUCCGUGGCGACAGCAAGAUCUUCCGCUUCCAAAAGGGAAAGUCCGAAUCCCUCUUCCUCCAGCGCAAGAACCCCCGCCGCAUCUCCUGGACUGUCCUGUACCGUCGCCAGCACAAGAAGGGUAUCUCUGAAGAAGUUGCCAAGAAGCGUACCCGCCGUGCUGUCAAGAGCCAGCGUGGUAUCGUCGGUGCCUCUCUCGAUGUGAUCAAGGAGCGCCGCAACCAGCGCCCCGAGGCCCGUGCCGCCGCCCGCCAGCAGGCCAUCAAGGACGCCAAGGAGAAGAAGGCCGCCACCGAGACCCGCAAGAAGGCCGAGAAGGCCAAGUCCGGUGCCACCAAGCCUGCCCAGCGCAUCCAGAGCAAGCAGGGUGCCAAGGGCUCUGCUCCCAAGGUCGCCGCCAAGUCUCGUUAAGAUGGUACUCUGAACGGUCUGGCUUGGGGCUGGGGAGUAGGGAAGUGAAAGCGUGGUCUGCGUUUGUGUGUUGGAUUUGGGAAGGACUCUUCGGAGCUGGAAAUUUGUGUUGUAUUCCCCUCACAAACUUUUUAUGCAAACAAAUCGGCGUACGAGCGAUGGGUUCUUUGCGGACGAGAAUCCCGCAUGGUCUCAGAUAGGCUUUUAUCAUUACGCGCCAAUGGUAUAUCACCAGGAAAUGGAACCAAAAAAAUGGAUGUGAUAUGAUAAGUUAGCUUUGCUCGAGCCGUUCUGGGCCUGUAGAUCCACUGGGUUGGAGUUUAAUAGACUCUAUCACUUGAUACUCG